CCCGCUGGAUGCGCCCAGCCCGGCGCCGGGAGCCGAGCGCUGCCCGCCGCCGCUCCGCCGGGCUCCGGCCGGGAUGGGGAAUGUCGUCAGGAUGGGGAACGCCGGCGGGAUGGGGAAGAACGCGGUGCUGGGCGUCGCGGUGCUGCUUCUCGGCUGCCUCCUGUCCGCGGCGUCCAGCACACGGCCAGAGUGCAGCAUCAUGCAGGAGAUCGAGGAGGAGCGGAGCCAGUGCUUGGCAGAGCUUAUUGGGGAUAACCAGACUGCAGGUUGCAGGAGGCAGUGGGACAACAUCACGUGCUGGCCUGAGGCAGAGGUGGGGGAAGUCGUGGUACGGCCGUGCCCGAAGUACUUCAGAUUCCUCACCUCUUUUCUUGGGAACGUGACCCGGAAUUGUACAAGCCAGGGCUGGUCGGAUGUGUACCCUGCUCCCUACACCGUAGCUUGUGGAUAUGAUUCCAACAGCACUCCAGGGGAAGAGCAAACGGCGUUCUAUGGCACGGUCAAGACCGGCUACACCAUCGGACACACCUUGUCCCUCAUUGCCCUCACAGCUGCUAUGAUCAUCCUGUGUCUCUUCAGAAAACUACACUGCACUCGAAAUUAUAUUCACAUGCAUCUCUUCAUGUCCUUCAUCAUGAGAGCCAUUGCAGUCUUCAUCAAAGAUGUCAUCCUGUUUGAAAGUGGAGAAUCCGAGCACUGCUUUGUGAGUUCAGUAGGCUGCAAAGCCAUGAUGGUUUUCUUCCAGUACUGUGUCAUGGCCAACUUCUUCUGGCUGCUGGUGGAGGGGCUGUACCUUCACACCCUGCUGGUCAUCUCCUUCUUUUCAGAGAGGAAGUACUUCUGGUGGUACAUCCUGAUCGGCUGGGGUGCCCCCUCUGUGUUCAUCACCGCUUGGACCAUUGUCAGGAUUUACUUUUUCGAUGUUGGGUGCUGGGAGGAAAUAGUGGAAUCCCCAUUCUGGUGGAUCAUUAAAACCCCUAUUUUGGUGUCUAUCUUGGUGAACUUCAUCCUCUUCAUCUGCAUCAUCCGCAUCUUGGUCCAGAAGUUGCAUUCCCCGGACGUUGGACACAAUGAAACCAGCCAAUAUUCGAGGCUGGCCAAGUCCACCUUGCUGCUGAUCCCUCUCUUUGGCAUUCACUACAUCAUGUUUGCUUUCUUCCCUGACAAUUUCAAGGCAGAAGUUAAGCUGGUCUUUGAGCUCGUGGUUGGGUCAUUCCAGGGAUUUGUGGUGGCUGUUCUGUACUGUUUUCUCAACGGAGAGGUCCAAGCUGAGCUCAAAAGGAAGUGGCGGAGGUGGCACCUGGAGAGGUUCCUGGGCUCGGACAUGAAGUACCACCACCCUUCCUUGGGCAGCAACGGCACCAACUUCAGCACCCAGAUCUCCAUGCUGACCAAGUGCUCGCCAAAGACUCGCCGGUGCUCCGGCUUCCAGGCCGAAUUCUCCCUGGUGUGAUGGGGAGGGGCUCUCCCAGCAGGGAGCAUCCAAAAGAGACACUGAGAGACUGAGGGAUCCCCAGGAACCAGCGCUGACAAAUCCCUGUGAAAUGACGUGCUCCACGUGAGCCAACAGAGGACACACAACUGGAAAAGCCACUGGCAUCCAGGACAGGACCGGACAAGUCGAGAGGCAGAGAAAUACUUUUCCUCUCCCUCUUUUCAGACCUUUCACUCCUCAGUUUCAAGCCCUCGGGGGUUGAUAACUAUGAGUAAAGGUCCCAGUCGCUUGAGGAAA